AUGACAGACAACAAUAAUAAUCAAGAGGAUCCUCUACUUUUGGAGAAUCUCGAAGACGGUGCAGCUCCACGUUCUUUAAUGGAUUAUACAAUGCUGUCAUUGAGAGCCUACCAAUUCAGUGGUUUAGCCCACGAGGAUCCAAAUGCUCACAUUGGAAAUUUCUUGGAGAUAUGUGAUACAUUCAAGCAGAAUGGUGUCACAGACGAUGCAAUUAGAUUGAGACUGUUCCCUUUUUCCUUAAGAGAUAAAGCCAAGAAUUGGCUAAAUUCUUUGCUUGCAGAAUUUAUUACAACUUGGGAUGCAUUGGCUCAGCGCUUUCUAGCUAAAUAUUUUCCUCCCUCUAAAACUGCAAGGAUGCGUAAUGAUAUCACUAAUUUUAUGCAGGUAGAUGGAGAGUCAUUAUAUGAAGCAUGGGAGCGUUACAAAGAGUUGUUGAGGAAAUGCCCGCAUCAUGGAUUACCAAUUUGGUUACAGGUACAAACUUUUUAUAAUGGUUUAAUUCCUGCUAAUCGUUCUAUAAUUGAUGCAGCUUCAGGAGGCACUAUAAUGAAGAAGACACCAGAAGCAGCGUAUGAAUUAUUGGAUGAGAUGGCUUCAAACAGUUACCAAUGGCAGUCUGAUAAAGCGCCACAAAGAAAGACAGCAGGAUUAUAUGGAGUGGAUGCAAUCACAACAAUUUCUGCUCAAUUGGAAGCAUUGAACAAAAAGAUUGGUAAUAUGAGUGCCCCAAUCAUGCAAGUGAAGAGCACAAGUUGUGAUCUAUAUGGAGGAGACCAUCUUAGCAAUGAAUGUCAAGUAGGUAACCCUUUUGCUAAUUCUACUGAAAGUACUAAUUAUGUUGGUAAUUUUCACAGGCAACAACAGGAUAAUCCUUACUCCGGUGCUUACAACCCUGGUUGGCAAAAUCACCCCAAUUUUUCAUGGAGCAAUCAAAAUGCAAUGAAACCACCACCUCCGAGUUUUCCUCAAGAAAAGAAGCCCAAUUUGGAGGAACUUGUGACAAAGUUUGUAAGCUCCACUGAAGCAAGAUUUCAGAAUCAAGAAGCUUCGAUCAGAAAUUUGGAGACUCAGAUGGGGCAGUUGGCAAAUUUGAUAUCAAGGAAAGCCCAAGGAACGUUGCCUAGUGACACAGAGAAGAAUCCAAAGGAGCAUGUGAAGGCAAUUACACUAAAGAAUGUCAAAGAAAUUGGGCAUAAAGAACAAGAGAAAGAGGAAGCACCUAAAGUGCAACCAGACAGCAUUGCUGAGAAGUUGUUUGUACCUAAGAAGAUAGUGAUUCAGCCUCUUUUCCCUCUUGCAUUGAAGAAGCAGAAAAUUGAUCAGCAAUUUGCAAAAAUUUUAGAUAUUUUUAAGAAAUUGCACAUUAAUAUUCCAUUUGUAGAGGCUCUUCUUCAGAUGCCUAGCUAUGCAAAGUUCUUGAAGGAGAUCCUUUCCAACAAGAGAAAACUGGAAGAGCAAGAGACAGUAAAACUCACUGAAGAAUGUGCUAGCAUUAAUCUAAUGCCUUUAUCUAUUUUCAGAAAAUUGGGACUUGGAGAACCAAGGGCCACCACAGUAUCUCUACAACUGACUGACAGAUCAAUUAAAUAUCCAAGAGCCACGGGUAAGGCAUUGAUUGAUGUGCAAAGAGGUGAGCUAAUUCUUAGGGUAGGAGAUGAAAAAGUAAAAAUCGAUGUUUUUAAAACUGUAAAACACCCUUUAGAAGAUAACACGUGCUUUAGAAUCGAUGCUUUUGAUCCUUUGGUUCAUGAGUAUUUUCAAGAUAACAGGUAUGAAGAUCCAUUAGAAACUUGCUUAAUUGAUUCAAAAGAAGAUGGAGGGGAGAAUAAGCACCUAAUUGAGAUUGUAGCAAGAUUGGAGGCCGGUCCACUUAUAAAAGGGUCAUGUUAA